AUGAGCGACGACGAUGGCGUAAUUGUUCUCACUAUCCUGUAUGGCACUGAGACGGGCAAUGCUGAGGACGUGGCGUAUCGUAUAGCAGAUGUGGCGCAGCGGCACCGUGUGCCCACGCGCAUCUACAACCUCGCUGACUAUGACCGGACUGAACUGAUUUGUGAAUCUCAUGUCAUCUUUGUCGUGUCGACGACAGGGCAGGGCGAGUUUCCUGUGAGUGUGCGCCCACUAUGGCGAUUCCUUCUGCGACAGGGACUACCACCUGAUAUCCUAUCUGAUCUCACGUUCACAACUUUUGGUCUCGGUGACUCAACGUAUGCGCGCUAUUGCUGGGCAUCACAUAUGUUGCACAAACGGCUGUUGGAUCUCGGUGCGUCCGAGUGGUUUAAGAAUGGCGAAGCAGAUGAUCAACAUGAGCUUGGUAUCGAUGGCGGUGUCCUGCCAUGGCUCGAUACAUUUGUGCAGCGUCUUCGCGCCGAUUUGUGUGAGCCUUCGUGCGUGCCCAUCUCUCCUGAUGUCCUCAUGCCUCCAAGAGUUCAUGUGCACGUCUCCAGUGACAUGGGCAAGCCCUCGAUUCCGUGCCUCGAUGGUGCUCAUAUGGCCACUGUUGUGCGGAAUGAGCGCGUCACGCAUCAAGACCACUUCCAAGAUGUGCGGUGUAUCGACUUGGCUCUGGACAGAGCCACGGCGCCCUCGUAUCGUGCAGGAGAUGUGGUGUGUCUGGUCCCGGAAAACAAGCCUGAGGACGUGGAAGCUCUGCUCCAACGACUUGACUGGGCAUCGGUAGCUGACAAGAUGCUUCGUCUGACCCAGAACGAUCCACAUCGCCCGUGGCCGCCUGCGAUAUGGCACGACAUGCAACAAGGCUCACUUACACUGCGACGUCUUCUUACUGUGCACCUUGAUCCUUUUUCCGUGCCGCGCCGCUCCUUCUUUGAUUUGAUUCGGCACUUCUCGCCGCCAGACCACCGCGAGCACGAGAAGCUCGUCGAGUUUUUGCAGCCAGGCGAAGGAACCGAUGACAUGUACGAAUACGCCCAGAGAGUCCGUCGCACGAUGGCAGAAGUACUAGCAGAGUUUAAGAGCGUACAAGUUCCUCCAUCGUACGCGAUGGAACUCUUUCCCUUGAUGCGGGCGCGGCAGUACAGCCUGGCAAGCGAUCCCACCACGUAUCCGGACACGCUGCAGCUGCUUGUGGCUGUAGUCAAGUACAAAACACGCAUACAAAAGCCUCGCGAAGGCAUCGCCUCCUCGUGGCUCGCACGCCUCGAGCAUGGCACCCGCAUCCCUGUGCGCAUCCAGCCCGGCACGUUGCUGCCCCCUGCCCAAAGCUCUACGCCCAUCAUUGCUAUCGGGCCCGGUACAGGCAUGGCGCCGCUACGCUCCCUCCUACGCGAGCGGCUCAGCAAAAGCGUUGCCGUGGUCGGCGAGACGCUCGUCUUUGCAGGAUGCCGCUACCGCGCAAAAGACUGCCUGUACGCGGCUGAAUGGGAGGCAUGGGCCGCGACGCCGCACGCCCACCUGACGUGGAUCGUCGCUGCAAGUCGGGACCAGCCGCACAAGAUCUAUGUACAAGAUCGCCUGCGUGAAUGGGGCGCACGCGUGUGGGAUAUACUGGGCCCGCGCCGCGGCAUCGUUUACCUGUGUGGCACAUCAGGCAAAAUGCCCCAGCAGGUGCGGCAGGCAGCUGUGGAUGUGUUUUGUGAACACGGACACAUGAGCACAGAGCAGGCCGAGCGAUACCUCGCCAAGCUCGAGGCCGAGCGGCGCUGGCAGGAAGAGUGUUGGUAA